CCUCCCUGCAGGAUAAAUGCAGCUGCUCCAGGGUGUGGAGCCAGAGCAUGGAGGGACCCGGCUGCAGCUGCGCGGCUCCCCGGGCCCGGGACACCUGGGACCGGGACACCUGGGACCGGGACACCUGGAUCCGGACCCGGACCACGGCUCGGUUCUCCGCCGUGGCGCUUCUCCUGCUGGCUGCUGCUGUCCUGGCUCUGCUGGUCCUGCUGGUCCACAGAGCCGGCCCCGGGGCCGGCGGCCCGGUCCAGUGUACCAGUGUAGAGCCGAGCGGCUGUUCAUCAGAGAAAAGCGGAAAACAGCGGCAGGUUGGGUCCUCCAUAUCCCACAACAGAGACGGCAAACGACCCAGCGCCAUGCUCACAGCUCCCGUAGGCAACAAGACGGAUGGGAACUAUCUCCGGUGGGAGAGUGAGCUGGGGAACGCCUUCGUCCACGGGGGCUUCAGCUACUCCGGGGGCAGCCUGCUGGUGCCCAGGACGGGCACCUACCGGGUGUUCCUGCAGGUCACCUACGAGGGGGUGGGCAGGGCCUGCCCGGGCUCCCUGAGGCUCACCAGCACCGUGCUCUCCAUCUCGCCCAAGUACAACCGGAGCGUGACGCUGCUGACGUCCAUGGACACGGUGAACUGCAGCCAGGGACCCUGGAUCAGAUCCCUCAGUACGCUGGGCCUGUUCCUGCUGGACGCGGGCGGCAGACUACACGUCACAUCGUCCCAUCCAGCCCUGAUGGCUAAGAACGAGUACCAGGUCUUUUUCGGGGCUGAUCUGAUAUCCGAGUGACACGGUCCCACAGGGGGACUUUUCCACGGCUCAUCCUGCAUUUGUUUAGGAAAUGCACAUCUGGCACAGUUUCCUGGUUAAUGUGAAACCCUGACUGCGUUUACAUGCAGUCAAUAACCCUUUUAAAACCCGAAUAUUGGCAAUAACCCAAAUUUACACGGCCAUGUAAACACCAAUAACCCCUUUUGAAUAACCCGAAUAUGAGCCCUGGGUUACUCCUUUUAAAACCUGAAUAUUGGGUCAUGUAAACGCCAAACAGAAUAUCCCCAUCAAACGGAACAUGAAUUUGUUUUCUGCUCAUGCUCUGUUCACAAGGAAUCCUGGUCUUUUGAGUCCAGGAAGUUCUUAUAAACACGGAGAAACCAAGACCAGGAGGAGACUAAUCACUUCAUAAAUGGAAUGAAGGAUAUGAACAUUGUAUCAUAAUGAUGACGAUAAUGACUAUUAAUAUUAAUAUUGUUGUUCCUGUUGCUAUUACUGUGUUAUAUGCAGUGUUUACCUGUGUUCUUCAGGUCUUGACUGGUGUGUGGGGGUUUGUGUGUCAGAGCCUUAUAUGUUAUAUAUUAUGUAUGUUGUAUAUAACUGUUUUGUAUUGUGUUGUAUGUUUUAUGUUGGACCCCCUCGAAAAUGAGAGGAUUCAUCUCAAGGGGCUAUCCAUUAAUACAUUUACUUAAUGUUUCUGGAUCAGCCUGUACAUUUAGAACAGGGGUUUUCACUAACGACCAUCUACAGGACUGUCUCAGAAAAUUAGAAUAUUGUGAUUUUCUGUAAUGCAAUUACAAAAACUAAAAUGUCAUACAUUCUGGAUUCAUUACAAAUCAACUGAAAUAUUGCAAGCCUUUUAUUAUUUUAAUAUUGCUGAUUAUGGCUUACAGUUUAAGAUUAAGAUUCCCAGAAUAUUCAAAUUUUUUGAGAUAGGAUAUUUGAGUUUUCUUAAGCUGUAAGCCAUGAUCAGAAAUAUUAAAAUAAUAAAAGGCUGCAGACUGAGGCUGGAGUUUGAGUUUUAUAAAACGUCCAGUGACAUACAAGCUUUUAAAAAUGUUUGGUGCCAUAAUGAUGUUUUAUGCACUGUUGAAGACAACCACAUUUUACGUUUCACUGUUCUUAAAAAGUAAAUUUAUUGAAUAGUUGUGAUAAAAUAAGUGUAUUUAAAUUUGUUGUUUUUAAUAGUGCUUUUAACUGAAAACUGUACAUGCAUAAAAUAAA